AUUUAUUUAAUUGUGCCGACUGAUGAUGGAACAUUGUGUUAGACGGGAGGGCAAGAGAAACGCACCAGCAUCCCUCCCCCUUGCUAGAAGCGCCGAGGACAAAGACUAAAAUGGGUCAGACUCGAGAGAAACGAAGAUCCCUCGCUGUACAGAUUACGUACCAGCUACAGUGCUAUCUGUAGGUCAGAUAAAUGCAUUUAGUACGCCUGAUUCUCCGCAUCGUCUAUAGGAUACAUUACUCUUUAAUCCUUUAUGGCUAAAAGUCUUACGACGCAGAUUUAAAGAGACGGAGAUACAUCGAUUCUGUGUUAGAUGCUGUCUGGAUAAACAUACAAACGUCUUGGAAAUCGUCAACAUGUCUUUUAAAUCUUCGAAUGGUUAAUGUGUAGCCUAAACCGCAAAUUAUUCCAAUGUUAUUGGCAAUCUUGUCUCGGAUACUGCUUUAAGUUGUCCUGGGAACCAACGACCUGUGCAGACGAGGACGUUGGCAGCGCCGCGGGGGUGCUCGAACAUAAGGCACACGUACGUUAUUGUAAAGAAUGGCUUACUAAAAUGCGAGGGGUAGCCUAUCCUAGGCCACAUUGGUCUAUCUGUUUUGUAGAUACAGGAGCAAAGUUCUGCUUCAAGGAGAUAUAGGUGGAGUGUGUGUUGCACUGUGAACCCCAAGGGCUCCUGAAUUUCUAAUGGAGGACUGCUACUGACAUUCAAAAGCCAUUGCACUCUGUAUUUGCCCUCACAUUCUGGGGCCUGGAAGAGUAUGUCUAUAACCAGAGCCCUGUGGAUCUGUGAAGCCAUGAUACUCUCACCGACCCGUCCGCUGUCCAUGGGGACGAAAGUGGUCUUCCUCCUCGCCAUGACGGUGCUGAUGGUCACAGUCCCUGUCCAGGGUGCGAACCAGGAGAUGUGUUUCUCCAGGCAACACCAGAACACCAUCGUCAACGUGCGGGUGGCGUUAACCAAACCUGGCACCGCCAUGGACUCCAGAUACGUUUUGUCUGAGCGUGACUGUGUCCUUUCCUGCUGUUCACAAGAAGUAAAGCCAGGAAUCAGCUGCACUAUGGCAGUGUACAAUCCUAAUAAGACAAAAGAUCCACCCAACAACCAGAAUUGCUAUCUGUUCCACUGUGAAACACCACAAGAUUGCCCUCUUAUGGCCACACAGGCUGGCAUCAACACGUUUGACAUUUCCAAAGGUCUGAUUCCUGCCACCACAGUGAGACCCAUUACCACAGCUCAAACAACUACAACAACCACAGAGCCAGCCCCAACUACCCCAACUACCCCCCAACCCACCUUUACUACAACUACCACACAAGGUACUACGACAACACAGCCAACCACAACAACAACAACAACAGCAGCAACACAAUCACCGGUUACAACACAGCCGACAUCUACAACUACUACCCUACAAACCACUACAACCACUACAACCACACCAACAACAACCCCACCACCAACCACUACAACAACAACCCAAGCCGCAACUACCACACAACCAACAACCACCACAACGCAACCUAUAACCACUCAGCAACCGAUCACGACCACUACCACUGCACCGACAAUCAUUAUAAUACAGAUACCUAUUACAAUAGAACCAACAACUACAAUAAUUGAGGAUACAACUACUGCUAGUACCACGACAAAACCAACCACUACCACAACUACAAGUCCUCCAAUAACCAAAAAGCCUAAUAAACCCACAAAAAAACAAAAUAAAACACCAAAAAAAUCCAAACCCCAUCCUGUGGUUGCCACAACAACUUCUCCACCUAUCCUAAUCACAGCUCCCACCCUUACCAAAACAACCAUGGGCCAGCAAACUACCCCAAAACCAGAACCACCAAUGGAGCCAACGACCUCUACUACGAUGUCGACCACUACUAUUUCCACCACCACAGCUACCACCACAACUACCACCUCCACUACUACCACUUUCACUACUACCACUUUCACUACUACCACAUCCACUACAACUAUGGCACCCACUGAGCCAUUAACCACAAGGACAACCACAGCUCCAGGGCUGGCCUUUGUACCCAAAGGGGCUAUGGAGUCCAGCCCUGGCCUCCAAAACCCCAUCCCUCCUGAGGGUGGGAGUGUUGUCCAGGGGAAGGGUGUGGCCUCACAAGGGUCUCUGAAGACCAGCCUGGUAGCUGUUGUGGUGGUGGGGCUUGCUAUCCUCACCCUGUCCUUAGCGGUGAUGGGCCGCAAAGCCAUGGAGUCCUUUGACAGGCGCCACUACACCAGAUUGGAACUUAACGACCUGCACUAUGAGGUGUGAACACACCUGCGCACGUGGACACACCAGCUUUUGUCUUGCUUCACAAUGUUCUGCCCUGAAAAGACACAGCUCAUGCAAAAAAAAAAAAAAUACACUUACUUUUUCAAUAAGUCACAGUAUCAGUUUACUAGUAUUUACUAGUACAACAUCACACAACCUAGAUUGAAAUGGCCCCUCUUUUAAAGUUCAACAGCGAGAUUUGAGAUAGAUACGGAAUAACUAUAAAAACAGCAAUACGUCCAUUCCAUAAACUCAGGAAGCCUCUGAUUUAAGGGCCCAGGGGCAUAGAGUGACAAUGCUCCCACUGCAUGUCAUGGACAACCCUUAGCAAGAAAAUGUAAGAGGAAAAAGGCCUUGUGUAUGUAAGAGGUAAACCUCUGCAUGUCUUUUGUUUAGUUCCACAUGUUUGGUACCAUAGCCAUAUGAGAUUGUGGACUCUUUCUUUACCAACUCAAUUGUAAUGUCUGACGUAAUUCACUUUUUCACUGUGUAGUUUUAUUGUUACAUACAAAUUCUUCUGGUUUUGCAGUAGCUGAAAUGAAGUGAUGGAUGCAAUUCUUUGAAAAUUGAUGCACAGUUGUAUCCUACGUUUUUGAUAUAAUACACUUCUUUUUAAAUGGUAAGAUUCUUUUCAUAGGUAGAUUACACUGGCCGCACACUAUUUUCAUAAGUAACUUUGUACUAAAUCAGUGUGAGAGUGAGUGUGCAGAUUGAAUGCACUAAUCAAUACGUGUGAGAAAAAUGCCUACUGGUAGGUUAGAUAUCCUUAUGUACCACAAGAUGGCAGAAGCUACCUUUGAAAUCACUACUGAUUUUGUAUUGGCAUGCUGCGCAGCCACUUUAAAAGUCUCACCACGCCAAAUUAUGAUACAGUUGCACAAAUAUCAAGUUGUUUAUGAUUAGUAUUGCUUUAAUUUGUAAAAUGUGAAAAUAAUGGAUGGUAAAAGUUUGGUCUUGUUUUGUGAAGUCUUGCUUUAAAAUACAAUUUGGAUUAAGUGUUUGAAAUAUUAGUUAGUAAGAAAUAAAAGGUGUUUUUUGAAUAAGAA